GACCCUCAAGCUCAUCAACGCUAUUAGACUAGUCAAGAGAGGUCUUAGUUGCUAAUAACUCGAUUAGUUAACACGGACGUUAAUUGAUAGAAAUUAAUCUAACAAUGAUCUAUAUAAGAAACUAAUACCAUCAGUUAAAUCUCGAAAGUUAUGUGAGAUGGACUACUCGAACAUGUCAUUCGGAUACCGGACGAAGAAGAUAUCAUUGGAUUAGUACGAAGGGUAAAAUUGUCAGUUCAUAAAUAAAUGAUUUUAUUGCAAGACAGACACGUUGUGUAUGCCAUUAUCGAAGCAAGUGGUGUCCUAGUAAACCCUUUGGUCUUAUCAUCUACACCAGAUCGAGGAAAUCAUUCAUUUUCCUCUCUUUUUCUUCUUUCUUUAUUUAUUCCUCCUCAUUUUUCCUCUUCUUUCUUCUUCACUGUCCGUAGCCUCUGGGGAAUUGAGGGGUGAAAUGGUUGUUCUGUGAUCAUUAGAAGGUGUAGAAUAUCGUGUAUUAGUCAGUGGUGAUGGUGAUGGUGAUGGUGAUUGUGUUCGUAAUUGAUUCAGAAUCGAAGGAGGAAGUGAAUUAGAAGUUAGGGUUUCUGGGUUUUGAUUUUGAUUGAAGAUGAAUGAGAAAUUGAAGAUGGUUUUGAGUUGUUGAUGUAUUAAUAACUGAGGGGUUGUGGUUUAAAUCACGAGGAGAAGAAGAGAUGAUGAUCUGUUGAUGAAGAUCGAGAAAGUUAGGGUUUCUCAGAGAAUUGAAUUGGAGUUCGAUUGAGCGAUGAUUAAGAAGAAUUAGACGGAAUCUUUAGUUGGGUGUACUUGAAUUGAAGUCUAGAUUUGUAUUCUUCAUGGAAUUAGAAGAUGAAAUUGAUGUUGUGGAAGAAUGAUUUGAGAUGGGUAUUGAUCGUUAGAGUGAAUUAGAGUCAAGGAUUAAGAGUAAUUCGGGAUUGAGGAAAAUUAGGCUUUAUGUUCUUUCGCAGUUGGAGAAUUAGUGACAGGUUGAAGAAUUAGGGUAUGGUUUGAUUUGUGAUGAUGAUCUCUGGGUAGUCUAGAGAUGUGUUGGUGAAUCAAAACCAAGGUGAGAAGCAGAAUCUGAUGCAGUUGCUUGAGGAAAAUUACUUUGAGGUAUUGUCCGAGUUAAUUUAGUAAAACUAUUAUAUUUCAUUGAUUAGUCUUAUGUGUUUGUGAAUGAACUGGAAUUUAGAUAUUGCUUUGAUUGAUAACUGGUAAUACAAGUGGUGGUAGCGUUAAUAUUAGUGGUUUGGUAAUAGAGAUUAUGGUGUUGAGUUGGUGGUGGUGGAUAUGAUUGUUGCUGGACAAGAAUAUUGCUCUGAUUAUAAUUAGAAUUGCAAGUGGUGGUGGUCUGGUAAGGUAUAGAGCUGGAGAUGGAAGCAAAUAACUGUACAAGAACAUAAUAGUUUGCGUUGAGUAUUCGGUAGUGUGUUAACUGAGUUUCAGUUGAAGUUGAUUUUACUGAUUGAGACUUAGUUUGGUUUUACAAGGUUGGUGUUGAAAUGGGGAGUGAAUUGGGUUUGGUGGUGCUGAAAUGGAUAUUGCAAAUUGAACCAGCGUGUGUGUUGCAAAUGAAAAAGAUGUUUACACUAGAGUUGAACUGUUGGAACUAGCGUUAGUAGUAGUAAAUGAAUGAACUGUAAGUGGUAGAAUGAAUGUCUUUAGUGUGGUGGUUUCAGUGAAGGCUUGCUUAGAGCUGCAAUUGCAGGUAAUCCGUAAUUGAAUUUAAAGUGAGUUUGAUCUUAAAUAAAGUGCAAAUGGAGUCUUAAUGUUAUGGAAUGAGAGAUGUAAUUUGCUGGUAGAAAUAUAAGUGAAGUUGUGGGUUGGGUUGAUCUAUGUUGUGUGAGUUGCAGUGAAAGGGUUUAUAUGAGUGGAUUGAUCUGAGAUUGAGCUUAGUUUGAUAGUGAUGAGGAAUUGUAGCUAGUGUUCCUGUGAAAGCUUGCAACUUCUGCAUUGCAGGUAAAUUAAGAUUAUAUUGUAAUUAUACUUUGAAACUUUCUUAAAUUAAGUAUGUUAUUAUAGUGCUGAGAAGUUAUAGUGUUAUCAGUUAGAAAUGAAACGAAAUUGAAGAUGAAACUGUAGCCUAGUGGGAUUGUUACUUUAUUUAAACUUGUUGUCAGUUUGGCUGACUUAACCUUGCGUCUGAUUUAGUCAAUCUGACUGAUUCGAGUCGGUUUUUAAAUCGGGUUUGACACUCUGAGUCACUAGUCAUGAAUCAGUGGACCGAGUUAGAUAUUUGACCUGACCUUGUACUUUGACUGGCAAUUGACUGUUAGUUGACCCGUGAUUGUUAGUGAUCGUUGGUUGACCAAUUGGACUGAGCCACAGAUUAAUGGGUUGGUUCAGUAGACUUGGGCUUGGAACUAGUUAUCUUUUGAUGAUGAAUUGGACCCUUAUGAUCCGAAUUAGCCUUUGGCUUAUUCUACAAGGUUGUAGAUAUUCAUAAGACUUAAUUAUUGGACUAUAGAACCAACCUAAUAGAAUUAGUAAAUCCUUAUGGUCGUGUUUGGUAGCUUGGAUAUCCCCAUCCUAGGAUGGGUUAUCCAGAUUAAACGGUUUUAUUGUGUUUGUCUCUCCUAAAUUCUAAUUUGGGAUAAGAUUAACAAAACCCACCGUGAUUUUCGUAGCCUCAAAAAGUACGAUUAAGGUAUUCUCUCGAACAUCUGUUUUUCCCAUUUCCUCACCAAGAAUAGAAUGGCACAAUCCCACUCUGAAACCCACGAAUUCCAGUAUAACCAUUAAACCCACGAUUGAGAUUUUCAUACUUCUUUUCCUCUAUAUAUACCGAUGCAUAUCUUCAUCGUUUACAUCGAUACAAGAGGGUUUUCAUAUCAUAUCUUCUAGGAAUCAUUUGCAAGUUACUGAAUAUGGAGAGUGAUCAAUCAUCCAACCCCCAAACUGGAAGGACAACUUGGACUCCUCCCAUGGAUAGACUGUUCAUAGGUCUAAUGGAAGACCAAGUACAGAAAGGACAACUACUCGAUGGUCAAUUCAACAAAUAUGCUUGGACACACUUUGUUGAUAAUUUCAAGCAGAGUUUUGGUUCUUCUUUUACCAAGGAUGUGUUGAAAAAUCGUAUGAAAACUUUGAAGAAGAACUAUGUUGCUGUGAGUACUCUUAGAGGUCAAAGUGGAUUUGGAUGGGAUCAGUCGCGAGAAAUUGUGACUGCUGAUGAUGCUGUAUGGGAUGAUUAUAUCAAGAAGCAUCCUGAUGUCAAAUGCUGGAGGACAAAGACCCUUGCUCACUUUGAUGAGUUAGCUAUUAUAUUUGGGGAUAAUAAGGCCAAUGGAAGGUAUAGCCGUUGUAGGAAUGACAAUACUGUGCAAGAUGAUGAUGACCAUGAUAAUUUGGUUAAUGUUUAAGUUUCUUUUCAUUUAGUAGUUUGUGUCAGAGAUUUAAUUUGGUUAAUGUUUAAAUUUAGUGUUGUUAUGGUACUGUAAUAGUAGUUUUCCUUUCAUUUUUUAUGAACUAUGU